CCCCGUUCCCCACUUCCUUCCCCUCAUCCCCCCUCCCCCACUAUCCAACAGAGCAGCCCACGCUCUGCCCCCCUCCUCGACCGACCGACCGACCGAUCGCUCCCCGCCGCCGGCGCCAUGGAAUCCAGCGACCCCAGCUCCGCCGCAGUAAGUAAGACACAAGAAAUAUCUGUACCACCUGUGGAGGGUGUAGCUGGAGGAGGCACUAGUUAUGGCUGGGUGGAUGGAGGCUUGCAGGGGUCGCAUCUAGGUUCUAGUGUGAUUGACCCUACUAAGGUGCACUCGGCAGAUCUUUUGCAUGUUUGGUCUAUGCCCAGCACAGCAAAUGUUAGCCAACAAGAAGCACCUCGACCUCUAGAACAUGUUAACCUUUUGGCAGCAAGAAAUGAAAGGGAAAGUUUUCAAAUCGCGUUACGUCCAAAAGUUUCAUGGGCCAGUUCAGGUAUUGCAGGGCCUGUGCAGAUUCAGUGCACUGAUCUAUGCUCAUCCUCUGGAGGAAGGUUAGUGGUUGGUCAAUCUAUAACGUUGCGACGUGUGGUGCCUAUAUUAGGUGUACCAGAUGCCCUUGUGCCUAUUGAUCCUUCCAGUCCACAAAUAAACCUACUUCCUGGGGAGACAACUGCAGUAUGGGUCUCACUAAAUGUUCCUUGUGGGCAAGAGCCUGGUCUAUAUGAAGGAGAAAUAUGUAUUACUGCUAUGAGGACAGACUCAGAUUCCAAGGCAGACUCGUUACCAAAAUCUGAGAGAUACCAGCUGUAUAAAGAAUUAAAGACUUGUCUUGGUAUCACUGAAUCCAGAGACCACUCAUCGUCAGAGGAAAUGAUACUAAGAUUAUCAUCAACUUCAACCACACUGAGGAGGAUGCUAGUACUUCCAGCAUUCCAGGACUGCCAUGAGAAUAAUGGAUUAGGGGACAUGAUGGAUGAAGAUGUUAUGAACAAUGUUGCUGUUCGUGUCAAGUUAAGCUUGACUGUGUGGGAUUUCACUCUCCCACUGACACCUUCCUUACCUGCUGUUUUUGGUAUAUCUGAAACUGUCAUUGAAGACCGGUUUUGUUUGGAGCAUGGCACCAAAGGGUGGUAUGAUGCACUGGAUCAUCACUUCAGGUGGCUCCUCCAGUACAGAAUCAGUCCAUUUUUCUGCAGAUGGGGCGAUAGCAUGCGUAUUCUUGCGUACACAUGCCCCUGGCCUGCUGAUCAUCCAAAGGCUAAUGAAUAUUACUCUGAUCCAAGACUCGCAGCAUAUGCUGUACCGUACGCGCCUAUUCUGUCAUGUACCGAUGCAGCAAAAAAUUCUCUGCGAAGAGAGGUUGAAAUCUUGAAAACAGAGGCUCAUUGGUCGAAAGCUUACUUCUACUUGUGGGAUGAGCCAUUGAAUAUGGAGCAGUACGAAGUGAUUCGCAACAUCUCUAACGAGUUAAGGACAUACACACCCGAUGUCCAAGUGGUUCUGAACUGGCUCCUUCUACGUUUGAGGCUUUUGCGAAAGUUCCAAAUGUUCUACGUCCGCAUACACAAAUCUUUUGCACUAGGACUGAAGAACCAUUUCCAUCACUUAUUUUUUUUCUUAUACAGCGAAUGGGUUCUUGGCACAAGAGAGGACUUAGUGAAGGAUAUUAUUGCUGAACUACGACCUGACCUUGGUGAAGAGUGGUGGACAUAUGUUUGUAUGGGGCCUUCUGAUCCUCAACCAAAUUGGCACCUUGGGAUGCGCGGAACUCAGCAUCGGGCAGUGAUGUGGAGAGCAUGGAAGGAGGGUGGCACAGGAUUUCUUUACUGGGGUACCAACUGCUACGAGAAGGCUAUGAUUCCAAGUGCCGAGAUCUGUUUCCGACGCGGCCUUCCUCCAGGCGAUGGGGUUCUGUUUUACCCUGGCGAGGUGUUUUCUUCGUCAAAGGAACCAGUUGCGUCCCUCAGGAUUGAACGCAUUCUCAGUGGCAUGCAGGACAUUGAAUACUUGAACCUUUACUCCUCAAAGCACGGCAGGGAGGAGGCCUUGGCCCUCCUGGAGAAGACUGGCGCGUAUCUUGGCCCGGAUCGCUAUGCACAUGAUCAUGGGCCAGUUGAUGUGAUGCGCGGUGAGGUAUACCGCACCUGCAGAUCUUAGGGCAGCCAUGCAUACCUGUCGUUCUUUAUUUCUUCCCUUGCAGCAUAUCUGUUGUUGUAUGUGGCUUAUUACACUGUAUUAGCCAGCUGAAACUCGCUAAAUAUUUUUGAGCAAACUCGUCAAAGCUAGAAGUAGUUGUAGAUACAUGUACUAAAUCAGCGACAAUUUAGUAUGGACGGGAGGGAGUAGUAGAGUAUGGUUGUUUGGCCAUCUGGGCCUUGUACAUAUACGGACGCUCUUUUCGAAUCGUGUCUGUUUUUAUGUU